AUGGCUCCGCCGACCAUGCCCAGGAUGCAGCUGCAGAUGCCGCCCAUGGCCAUGCACGGCCAGGGCGACGUGUACCCGGCGCCCGGGAUGGUGAAGCGCGAGGGCGGCGGUGCCGGGGACGCGGGGAGGAUCGGGCUGAACCUCGGCCACCGGACCUACUUCUCCCCCGGGGACAUGCUGGCCGUGGACCGUAUGCUGAUGCGGUCCCGUCUCGGCGGCGUGUUCGGGCUGGGAUUCGGCCGCGCCCACCACCAAGCUCCUCGGUGCCAGGUGGAGGACUGCAAGGCGGACCUCUCGGGCGCCAAGCACUACCACCGGCGCCACAAGGUCUGCGAAUACCACGCCAAGGCCGCCCUCGUCUCCGCCGCCGGCAAGCAGCAGCGCUUCUGCCAGCAAUGCAGCAGGUUCCACAUGCUCACGGAGUUCGACGAGGCAAAGAGGAGCUGCCGGAGGCGGCUCGCAGAGCACAACCGUCGCCGGAGGAAGCCGGCGCCUGGCAGCACGGCGGCGUUGUCCAAGGAUUCGGCUCCACCUUCCAAGAAACCCAACGCCGGCGCCAUCUCCAGUUCCUACACUGCCGACAACAACACUUUGAGCACGACGAAGUCGACCAUCUCCUCCAACACGAGCGCGAUCAGCUGCCUCCAGCAGAGCCAGGCCAGGGAGGUAGCCUCGACGAGGCCGACGACGCUCACCCUCGGUGCGCCGCUGGAGGAGGACGAUGAGCAGCAGCAGAUCAGGAACGCCAUGCAGCUCCACCACCAUCAGGAGCAGCAGCACUUCAUCACCUCCCUCUUGCACAACAACAUCAAUAACAGCAACAUUCUGUCGUGUUCCUCGGUGAGCUCCAGCACGAUGCCAUCGGCGGCGGUGGCGGCCAAUGGCGAGGUCUCCGACCAGAACAACGACAACGCCAACAACAGCAUGCAUAUGUUUGAGGUGGACUUUAUGUAG